AUGGCAGAGGCCAGUGUUUCAGUGGAUCAGUUCAGCUGUCCAGUUUGUCUGGAGCUCCUGAAGGAUCCAGUGACCGUUGCGUGUGGACACAGUUUCUGUAAGGUGUGCAUUAAUGACUGCUGGGAUCAGGAGGAUCUGAAGGGGGUUUAUAGCUGCCCUCAGUGCAGACGCUCCUUCGCUCAGAGGCCUGUUGUGGGUAAAAACACCAUGCUGGCUGAAGUGGUGGAGAAACUGAAGAUGAUGGAGCUCCACCCUGCUUCUCCUGCUGGACCUGGAGAUGUGGAGUGUGACGUCUGCACUGGGAGAAAACUCAAAGCCCUCAAAUCCUGCCUGGUGUGUCUGGCCUCUUACUGUGAAACUCACCUCCAGCCUCAUUAUCAGUCUCCUGCCCUUAGGAAGCACAAGCUGGUCAAAACCUCCAGACGCCUCCAGGAGCAGAUCUGCUCUGAGCAUGAGAGACUGCUGGAGGUUUACUGUCGCACUGACCAGCAGUGUAUCUGCAUGCUGUGCACCAUGGAUGACCACAGAGGGCAUGAUACAGUAUCAGCUGCAGCAGAACGAGCUGAGAAACAGAAGCAGUUGGUGGAGACUCAGAGGGAAUACCAGCAGAAAAUUCAGGAGAGAGAGAAGAAGCUUCAGAAGCUGAAAAACACUGUGGAGUAUCACAAAAGCUCUGCUCAGGCAGCACUGGAGGACACUGAGAAGAUCUUUACUGAGCUGAUCUGCUGCAUUGAGAGAAAACGCUCUGAGAUAUCAGAGCUGAUCAGAGCUCAGGAGGAGGCUGCAGUCAGAGAAGCUGAAGGAGUCCUGGAGAGACUGGAGCAGGAGAUUGCUGAGCUGAGGAGGAGAAAUACUGAGCUGGAGCAGCUUUUACUCACUGAGGACCAUCUCCAUUUCCUCCAGGACGAGAUCAAAAACACAUCACUUUGUGUGAAAGAAAUCCAGAUAAUUUGCCGUCCUGAACCGCAAACCAGAGGGGAGUUUCUAAACUAUGCCUGUGAACUCACACUGGAUCCAAACACAGCGAAUCAAUACCUCCGUCUCUCUAAAAGGAACAGAGUGGUGACCUGGAGUGCCAUAGACCAGCUGUAUCCUGACCAUCCGGAUAGAUUUGAAUGUUUUUCUCAGGUUCUGUGUAGAGAGAGUGUGAGUGGACGCUGUUACUGGGAGGUUGAGUGGAGUGAGAGUGGGGGCAGUGGUAUAGCAGUGUCAUAUAAAAACAUUAGAAGAAAGGGAAAUAGUACUGAGUGUGCAUUUGGACUUAAUGUUCGGUCUUGGAGACUACACUGUUCUCGCUCUGGCUGCUCAUUCAUGCACAACAACGAAAAGACCGAUAUUCCUGUAGUGCCCAGAUCCUGUAGAAUAGGAGUGUAUGUGGACUACAGUGCAGGAACUCUGUCCUUCUACAGCGUCUCUGAUACAAUGACCCUCCUCCAUAGAGUCCACACCACAUUCACUCGCAGCAUCUACCCUGGGUUUACAGUGUUUCUGGAAUCAUCAAUUAAACUGUGCAGUUCAAAUCAGUAGAUGAUUAACUGCUCUCCACUGCACUGUAAAUAAUUUCUGUAGUUUCUACAAUAUUGUAAUGUGUUCAGUCUAGUAUGGCACAUUGAAAGCGUUAUACAGUGUCCUGUAUUAAAUUCUGGGAAAAUAUUUACAGUACAAACAGACUAUACUGUAUCAAACAUUAUUGUAUGGCUACUAUAAUAUUACAAUAACAAUACUGUAUUAAUACAUCAAAACAUACCGUAUCAUCGGCUGGACUCUAAAACUAGCCCAAAGUACUUUUCUGUGGCAGUAAUCUGGUUAGAUAUCUGGUUUCAGCUAGCUGUGGGAUUCAGUCUAUGGAAUUUCGAGCAUCAUGUUAACACUGAGCUAACAGUGGCAUAUAUGUACUUUCCCAAAUUGAGUUACAGCUUCAGCUUAAACACUGCUUUUGGUGCUGCAUGUAACAUUUUUGUUGCAAUUUGUCAGUGAAUUCUUUAGUAUAUACUUCACAUUAAAGCCAACGUUUUUAGAAAAGCCUGUUAGCUUUUAAAACUAUAGAUAUAUUAAGUUUCUGUCAAACUAAUAUGAAACUAUUUUUCAUUAAAAUUCUUUAAUUAGGAUUUGCGGCUCUUUACACAUACUUUUGUGUAAGGGUUGAGCCUGCACCGCCUGCUGCCAGCAGAGGGUGACACCGGCAAGGCGCCGAGGAUUAAUUAGACCAACUUGAUGCACCUGGAAGCCACCUUAUAUAAGGUGCUGGCAAAUGCCAAUGUUUGUCACUUCUUUGUAGAGGGGUGACUGGU